AGGGGUACAUUACUUACACACACAGAAGCAUACUGCAACAGUGGCAAGAACUGACUAGAUUUCUUCAAAGGAUGUCCACGAUUACUUCAGUUGAUGUGAAUGGCCUAACAGUCAAUCAAGAGCUUCCACAACAAAGGGCUGGAGUAGGAAUCGUAAAUAAUAACAUGACCACAUUUCGGACUUUUCCUCAUCUGGAAUUUUUCCCCAAAACACAUUUAGUGGGGCUUGGGACUGUUCAGAUAAUGACUGGCAUAGUGAUUGUGCUACUAGGCAUUGUAAUGCUAUUUGAUGCAUGCCCUACAGUUGGUGUCUCCAUCCUGAUUGUGUACUGGGGACCCCUUAUUUUUAUUGUAGCGGGUUCUUUAACCAUUGCUGCAGCAAAUAAACAAAUUUCCUGUCUGGUGAAAGGUUCUCUUGGAAUGAAUGUGAUCAGUGCAAUAACUGCGGGAAUGGCCAUCUUUUUACUGAUGUUAGAUGUUUUCAAUUUCCCAAGGUUUUCUGAUUGUCCACGAUAUCCAAAUGUUCCAUCCCCGCCGUACCGUCUUGGGAUUAGUGGUGUGUUGGUGGUGUUAUCCCUUCUUCAGUUUAUAAUUUCCAUCUGUCUGUCUGCAUUUCCAUGCACAACCAUCACCUACUGUCAACCUUCAGACGGUUGCUCACAAGAUGCUACAUGGGACUACAGACUACAGUCGGAGGGGUUGGGGUAACGCCCAAGCAUCAGAGAAUGUUCGCCACAAGAAGGCAGAAGUAAAUUUUUUUUAUUUUGAUUAAAGUUUAUGAGGG